AUGAAAAAAGACAGCAAGGGUUGUGACAUUUGUUUCUGCCCUGUAUGCCAGCCGCUGACAAACUGCCCUGACAAUUGCAAUGUGGUUACGGAUAUUGAUGGCUGCCAGAAAUGCAAAUGCAAGUUAUGCCAGCCAAUAAAAGACUGCCCAGGCAAUUGCUCAGUGAAAGUGGAUGAAAUAGGCUGCAAUGUAUGUGACUGCCCCGAGUACCAAAAGGAAAUUCAGUGCCCAGAAAACUGCCAAAUCGCCGUAAGUGCAGGAGGCUAUAAGCACUGUAACUGCAAAGUGUGUCAGCCAGUGGAGUCGUGCCUUCCACACUGUCGGAGAGAGAUAGACGAAUCUGGAUGCGAAGUGUGCAAUUGUGGCCUGAAAUUUAUUGAGCAUGGGUUAUGA